CACCCGUCCGUACCGUCGCCGUGCGAUACGGCGCGCAGAUACGUUCCGAUAGGCAAAAAGGAAAGGAAAAAAAGUUGCUGCGGCUGCAAAAAUUUCGUGUUGAUUUUGUUGCCCCCCUCAAUAUUUGGUGCAGUAUUUUGUCCUCCGUUUUCGGCCCUCGUGUUGGUAAGCGAUGGAUGUACGCACGGUUCUCGAUGGCUAUCUGCGGAAAGCCGUCCAUCCGAAUAAUCAUGAUUUGGACGUGUCAGCAAUCGAUCAGUUCUGCUUGACGCUGAAAAAAGACCCAUCGAAGAUGUCCAUGGCCCGGGAGCUGCUCGUCAGCCGGAUACAAUCACCCAACACGAAGGAAUCACUGCUUGCGCUAGAGGCACUGGAGGAGUGUAUGGAAUCGUUGGGUCGUGAGUUUCGGUCGGAGAUUAACAAGUUCCGGUUUCUGAACGAACUGAUCAAGAUGGUUUCGAAGAAGUACAACGGUGACCAAACGCCGCGUGAAGUUUCCGACCGCAUACUAAACAUUCUGCUCACCUGGACGAACAAGUACGAUCCGUGCGAUUGUGAUAAAAUACAGGAAGCGUACAAUCUGCUUGCCACCCAGGGCAUCCAGCAUCGUUCGCAGCAGAACGUAAUCAUCCGCGGGCCACCUGUACGGCAUCCGGACGAUCGCGGACCGGUGCUGGACAAGGAGCAGCAAAAGUUGAAGCAGCUCAUCAGCAGCGGCAAGCCGGAAAACUUUGAGAAAGCGAACCUGCUGAUACAGAACCUGUAUCGGGACGAGGAGCGGCGCACGCAGAUGAAAAGCCGCCGGUUGUCGGAGUUGCAGAAGGUGGCCGAAAACACGAAGCUGCUGAACGAGAUGCUCGACCAGUAUCGGGCCGGUGAAACGUCGGACGAUGAGUUGGCGAUACUGAGCGAAAUUUACGAAUCGUGUGAAAGUGCCCAUCCGACGAUUGUCCGGUUGGCGGAGGAAACGCAGCACAGCGAGGAAAUGCUCGUUCAGUCACUUGAGAGCGGAUGCAAGAAUGUAGGCAAAUUCUGGAGUUUAGCUAGUGAAUUUGAAAAAAUAUUCGAAGUCAACGAUGCGCUUACACUAGCGCUGGACAAAUAUCGCGUAAAAGUGCUGCACCAGCAACCGGCAGAACGGGCAACCCUGUCUCAGCGUGGAGCUGUCGCCGGCGACGAAUCCACGACACUUCCCGCCAUGCGCUACACACCGAACAUCACCGGACCGGAUCCACUGGAGACGCUGUUCGAUGUGUCCAGCGAUGGGCAGGGACAGAGUGGGGACAAAGAGACGACUACCUCGCAACGCUCGAACUAUGACGAUCUGAGCGACAUAUUCUCAUCGACCGGUAGCAACGGAACGGCCAGCCACGGUAUACUGUUGCCGGAAACCGUUGCGCAAAGUACACCUUCAGCGCCCACGUUCGGUCUGAACGGGUUAAAAGCGAAUGACACCAAAUCCAAAGAUAAUCUAAUGGAAUUGAAUUCCAUCCUAAGCAGCAUUAAGAAUAGUGCGAGCAGCGUUGCUUCACCGCUAGCUUCGGCGGGUAGUAGUGUAGCGAAGACCGCUUCACCCACACGCGUAGCAUCCCAUAAUGGUUCUAGUAGCGGUGCUGGCACGUCAAGCAAAUCCAUUCCUGAACUAGAUUCCAUUAUAAGCGGUAUGAAGGCGACCCUACUUUCCGGACCGUCGGUAGCGUCCGAAGAGGUGGUAGGCGAAUCUGUUUCAACACCAAAGCCCGAACCGAUCGGGGCCGGAUCGGAAGAGGAUGAACCAAUGCUAGCGGCGCACCCGGCUACAGCAUCUCAACCAUCCCGCCCGAACGCGGAGGAAGUGCCGCCAGCGCCGGUCGAAAGUGUCGCCAAGCCGGAAUUGAAAGCGCUCGCAGACAUUGUGAUCGAUCUGGAUAGCAUCCAGCCGAGCCGGGAACCGUCGCGUACCGUGCUGGACGAUAAGGAAGGCCUUCAAAUUACGCUUAACUUUGCCGCCGACCAUCCACGGCCCGACGUGACGGUGAUUGUGAUUUCCACCAUCAAUCAGGGCCGUACCACCAUUCCCAGCUUUCAGUUCGAUGCGAGCGUUCGGAAGCCGUGCAAGCUGCGGCUGCUGCCACCAUCCGCCACCAGUCUACCCGGUACGAAACCGUUCCGGCCACCGGCCGACGGUAUAACGCAGGUGCUGCUGUUGGCCAAUCCGACCGGCGAGCCAGUGGAUUUGACCUGCAUCCUAACGUACCGGGUCGGGGAUGAUCCGGACCCGAUAAAGGAAUCGAUCGUAAUGCAGGCGGUACCGUCGGUAAGGGAAUAAUGAUGUGGUGGAUGCGUGGUAGCGCGCAAGCAAAAACGGAACCCUGUGAUUGAGAUUAUGAAUCAGGACGGUGCAGCCGUAGCCAAGGACGAGCAGCUUACGCAAAAACGCCUGGCAGCACCGGCAGCUUACUGGCGGGGGCAGAUGAUGCGAACGAUCGAGUGGAGUGGACGAAGUCAAUAGUAGGCGAAUAUAAUAAGUAUAAUAAUAAAACAAAAGCAUAUACACAUGAUGCCAGUUAAACGGAUACGCAUAAAA